AUGAGGGGGGCCACCACACUUCGAGAGCCCCCCGCCCGCGCCUCGCAGCCCGCGGCCGCUGCAGCAGGCCACCCAUUUGCCCCAGCAGCAAACGAGUCUUUUCCUUCUAACGAGAACGACGGCAGCACUGCCAACGCGGGGGGCCCCCCGGAGGGCCCCCCGGGGGGCCCCCUCAAGGGGGGCCCCCCAUGCGGCGAAGCGGCCCAAACCCCAGACAAAGAGCCCCCGGAAGCGCCCCAGGGGGCCCCUCCAGGGGCCCCCGAGGGGGGCCCCCAGGGGGCCCCAGAGGGGGCCACCCCGGGGGCCCCUCCAGGGGCCCCAGAGGGCUGCUGCCGCAACAAAAGGUACUCCAGCUCUUCUGUAAUUUCUCUUAUGUCUGAAGAUGCAGAGGGGGAUGAGGGGGCCCCCUCUCCCUGCAUGGGGGGCCCCCCAGCUGCGCGGCCCCGGCGAGCGGCUUCGCUCCGCAACAAAAAGGCAGCAGCAGCAGAAGCAGCAGCAGCAGCAGCAACACCGCCUCCUGUCCCUGCAAAGUACAGGAAGGAGCUCCAGAGUGUUGACGAGGACAUCAACAAAAUCCUCCAAAAAGGAAUUCCACCGACAGACUUGCUCUCAAACCGCGAGGCCUACAUAAAGGCGAAGAAGGAAUUGGAGGUUCCUGAGGGAGAAGAAGAAGUGGAGGGAGAAGGCGAGCAGCCACAAGGCACUGGCCUGGCGCUGCGGCUGCAGCGGCUGCUGCGGCUGCUGUGCGAAGGUGCUGCGCUGCCGCUCUCGGACUUAGCAGCAGCAGCAAGUGCUGCUCUUGCAGACCCUGGGCCUGCAGGCGACGCGCCGGUCUUCUCCGUAAACCCUCAAACCCUCAAAGUUGAGCUGCCCGUGCUGCUGACCAGACGCAGGCAAGGGUUCGGACUGGCGCGCCCCAUAGACAACGAGGGGGGCCCCCCGGGGGCCCCCAAGGGGGCCCCAGUGAGCUCCUCUGAAGACACAAGUUCUUAUAAGUUGUGGAUUUGGGAAUGUGUGCUGCUGGAGGGUUUGCCAGCAGCAUUUAAGGAGGGAGCUCGCAAGGAAAGGGAGGGGCGGCAGACUCUUUACCGGCGGCUGCGGGCUCUGGAGAAGCUGAGGGAGGCGCUUUGCGGGGGCGUGGAGGGGGAAAUAGCAGCAGCAAGGGAGCGGGUGCAGCAGCAGCUGCAGCGGGAAGCAGCAGCAGCAGAACGAAAGCAGCAGCAGGAACACAAAAAGCGGCAAAUUGAAUAUGCCCGGAUGGAGAGGGAAAGAGGAAGGAGGCAGCGGGAGGAGCAGCGCGAGGAGCUCCGCAGGCAAAAAGAAUUGGAAAAGGAAAAAAGAGAAAAAGAAAAACUCGAAAAAGAAAAAGAAAAAGAAGAACAAAGACUACAAAGGCUGAAGCAGCAGGCGGAGAAGCAAAAGGAGAAGAAGACAGACCCCAGUGUGAACCGGCAGCAGAGUCUUAUGGCCUCGUGGCUGCGGCGCCCAGCUUCGCAGCCAACAGGGGCUGCGGGGGACCCCCACAGGGGCCCCCAGGGGCCCCGGGGGCCCCUGCCAUCCCCCACAGCCAAGGGGGCCCCCCUGGUGCUGGUGCUGGACGAAGAGGAACAGGCGGGGGCUGGGGCUAAGACUGAGUUGAGGAAAGCAGCAGAGUUGGAAGCUGCUGCGUGGCGAGCAGCAGCAGAAGACAAGGAGGGUUUUGUGGCUGCUGUUGAGGGUUUGGCGAACUGCGCGCUGCAGCGGCACCGCCGCGUGGACGCGAAGGACUUGCCUCAAGUGUCGGAAGCGCAACAGCAGGAGCAGCAGGAAGUCGAUCCGUCCUCGCUGCUGCAGCAGUUCUUGGACAAGCAUGCGAUUCCAGCCAGAGAUCGUUUGCGGGAGUUUGUUUCUUUUUGUGUAAACCACCGCCGCUUCGUGCACAAAGUAUCUGUGCAGCAGCCGACCAGCGUGUCUUGCGGGUUAGCCCAGGGGGAGGGCGAGAGCAGCAGCAGCAGCAGCAGCAGCAGCAGCAGCAGCGGGUACAGGCAGACUGCCGCGGAGGUGCGAAGGGGCCUCACCCUCACCGACUACUGCGCUGAGUCGCUCCCUGACGCCCCUUUUUUGAGGACUUCUUGGGUGGCUUUGGACGACUGGAAGCGUCCGGUGCGGCGGCUGUUGAUGGCGAAGCAGCCGAAGGCAGCGACUUCGCGGGAAAUGUGGGCGGAAGAAAGCUGCGUGGACUACGAAAGAGACAGCGACGACGAAUGGUUUGAGUGUUUCGACGCGGACGACUUGGAAGACGCGAAGGAGGAGGAGGAGGAGGAGGAAGUGGAAGGCGAGGACGACCGCGACUGGCUCGAAGACGACGAAGACCCCAAAGACAAACUCAUCCCCGCGCCCGCCAUCAAAUUCGAGUCUUUUCUUCGCUGGAACUUCUCUUUCGACGGAGAACACAAGCCCAACGAGGCAGACUUUUCGUCGCCACUUGUUGCUUUUCCAACUCUAAGGGACCGAAAUUGGUGUUCUGCAUACGGCUGCAUUGGCGACGACUGGGGCAGAAACCCUUUUUGCCGGCUCGAUGCUUUGCCCCCUCAUUCGCGCCGCCGAUGGUCCGACGAAGACAGCAUCAAUCUGCUGAAAUUUUUCCACGGGAAGACUGUCGGAAAGCUGAGGAAUAUCUCGGAGUUUCAAAAAGCAAAUCGCCACGUGACGAAGGCCGAAGUCGAGCGGCAGCUGAAACACUGCAUGGUGUAUGAGCGCCGAGCGGAAGACAGGCAGCGGCGUUGGUAUGCAACAGAGGAAGUGGCGCAAGCCUUCAAUCUCACAGAAGAACUUGAAGGAAUAUUUCAGAAUAUUCGAAAUGAAGAAAAAGUGGUGGAGGCGAAGCAGCAGGAGCUCGCGGAGCAGCUGAAGGCGCAGCUGGAGGCCAACAACUCGCUGCUGGACACUGAAGAAAAAGAGAAAAAGGAACAGAGUCCAGCGCCAGCCAGGACUCCCCCACCCGAAGCAGCAGCAGCAGCAGCUGCUGCUGCUGCUGCUGCUGCUGCAGCAGCUGCGGCAGCGCAGCCCACAGAGAAAGCCGAAGCAGCAGCGACGCCGGCGGUCCCCGCUGCCUCGCCUAGCAGCAGCAGCAGCGCCAGCGGCAAGCUGCAUGCGUUUUUUGCAAAGAGAGGCGAAGCUCAAGAAGAGCAGCAGCAAACAGCAGCAGCAGCACGAGCAGCAGGGGUGAGUGCAAACGGCACUGAAGCUGCUGCUGCUGCUGCUGCUGCAGCACGAGCAGCAGGGGUGAGUGCAAGCGGCACUGAAGCUGCUGCUGCUGCUGCUGCAGCUGCUGCUUCGGAGCCGCGGGCCCACUGCGACGUGCAGCAGCUGCUACAGCAGCAAAAGAAGCGUUUAUGCGCCUGCGCGGAUUCCAUGUCUUGGGCGUUGAAGGAAGAGACAACUUCUGUUGCUGCUGCGGCUGCUGGCAUUGCUGCGAAGUCUGCAGCAGCAGCAGCUGCUGCUGCUGCUUCGAGCGAGGCGAGCCACAAGAGCGCAGCACUUGCUGCUCACGUUGCUGCUGCUGCUCUUUUGGCAGCAAAGCUGGCGCGAAAUGCUGCAGAGCUGGAACAAGGGGGGGCCCCCCUUGCCAGCGAAGUUGAGGUGUCUGUACACCCCGCAGCACUGGGGGGCCCCACACUGCAUGCAACUUUCGCAGCAGCUGCAGCAAUUAAAAGUGAGUCUCCUUCAGAGGGGGCCCUUAGCGCUGCAGCAAGCGGCGCCGCAGGGGGUGUACAGACACCUGGGGAGGCCCCGGAGCGGGCGCGGACUGCAGCAGCAGCAGCAACAGCAGCAGCAGCAACAGCAGCAGCAGCAGCAGCAGCGGGGGGGGACCUGGACAAGGUCUCCGCAGGCAAACGCAUGCGAAAGAGCGCAGCAGUGCUGCAGGAGACUCCAGCAGACGCAGCUCGUAAGCGCGUGAAGAGGCGGCAGUCUGCUGUGGCUCCUGCGAGCUCUUAA